AGGCUGGCAGGGAGGGACUGACCAAAUUAUCUCUCCUCAACCGCUCGCAUGCGGCCAGUCUUAUUGGUUCUAAUCUCUUUUCCGACACAGAUCCCCCUUGACAGUCAAGCACAUAGCGACCGAGCGCCUGGUUUCUUCGACUGAACGCACGUUAGUCUCCAUUGCCCACUAGCUGCCUACUCUCACUAACCCGAUCAAACUCCCCCGCGCCCUCGUCUCUCUCAAUUCCCUCCCCGUAGAUAGUUCAUACUCCUCCGACUUGCCACAAGACGUUAGCGCGUCGCAUUAUAUGAGUCCCCCUGCUAUUAUUUAUUUAUAUUCGCAGUAUAGCAGUCCAGCUACGCGAGGGCCACGGGGUCUACCGUUUGACCUCCCACGCUCGGGUAACGCGUUUCCUGUGAGCCGACCCUAAAGGGGAAGAAGCGCGCCGAGGCAGCGCGUUGGGCCUUGUGCCAACUCCGGUGGGCUCACUGGACGCCCCGUUUGACGCUCACUGCCAGCCGUAGAUUCGCAUCUGCGCCGGCUUCACGCGGUCGUUGUGACGGGUACCCGACUGUGCCAGCUGGGCUGAAGUUCUGAGAACUCUCGGUAACUUAUUGAACUCUCCCCAGCAGGAAGUUAGCGCGGAAGGACGAUUAGGUGCGGCUGACGGGCGGACGGGCCCCUCCCGCUUGAAUUCUCCAUGAUAGACUGUGGCUCUCCCCCAGGGAAGAGCUUUCGUUCCGCGCCCACCGCUUGACUUCCCCUUGAUAGUGGCUCUCCCAAGCAAGAGCAUGAGUGCCCAGUCCUACUAGCAAUCAAAGUGCUACUGCAACGUUUUCGCACAGCCGUGCAAGCUGUCACAGACAGUCAGUAGUCCACAAAACUAGUGAACGAUUUCCAUUGCUCUAGAAGCACUUUACCAAGAGCCGUAAUCCGCACAUGCACUUGCAUUAGGAAUCUUGGAAGAGCCUCCAUGAGAGGAAUAAGCGGCCUUCCUUUCGAAUACGCACUUCGUUGACGUUCCUCUUACCCAAGUGAAUUCUGCCUACACGGCAUUACACCGCAAUACACCUCCACCGACAAUAGUUCACCGAAAUACGUUCAAAAUUGUCUGGAUGCUGAUGCUGAUGCUGACGCGGCAUAGACUGGCGGGGUGAACACAGUACGGCUGGCGCUGUACGGGGGGCUCAACGGUACUUCCUAGUAGGAGUAACGAAAGGACAGAAAAGCGGACGAGUGUGCACCGUGAAACCCCUGUGAGAGUGAGAGAGACCGCGUCGAAUCGCACAGUACCGCCCUGCAUCCGCUAAUAGGAGCCGAAACACCCCAGCAGCCGAACAACUCAAACAGCCGAAGCUGCCGAAUCAACGAAUCAGCAAGGAGCAGCCGGCGGUGACGGCUGACGGCAUGACGGCGAUGACUAGGCGGCAGCGGCAGCGGCAGCGGCAGUGGCAGUGGCUGCGGCAGUGGCAGUGGCCCCAAGGGCGGGCCAGACCACCGCGCCGAAUGCUGGAUCAGAUCCCCCUUCCGGACGGUCUCAUCGUUCUCAUCAUCACGACGGCCGUGCUCUUCCUCGUCCUCGUCAUCCUCGUUGUAGUCUACUGCGCCACAAGACGGCGCGCGGUCCGAACUACCCCUUUGGACGGCAAGGCGACGGGCAUACACAGCGACAGCGACGACGAGGAGGAGGGGGAGGUGGGGGGCGGAGGGGGAAAGCACCCGGCGGUAGAGCAGUGGACCUGGGAGGAGGUGGAGGCGGCCACUGAGGGCUUUAGCGAGGAGCGCACUAUCGAGGACGCAGGGCACUCGGCGGUGUUCAGAGCGGUGGGGCGCAAUGGAGAGGAGCUGGCUGUGAAGCGUGCCAAGCGCGUGUCGGUGGAGGGGCAGCACCUGUUCCGCAACCAGGUGGACUUCCUGGGCGGCAUCCACCAUGCGAGCAUCGUGUCGCUCCUCGCGUACAGCGACGACAACGGCGAGCAGGUGCUCGUCUUCGAGUUCGUCCCCAACGGCUCCCUCGCGGACUGGCUGCGGCCGCCUCAUGUGUCCAAGCCCCCCCUGACAUUCGCCCAGCGGCUGGACAUUGGAGCGGAGGUGGCACGGGCGAUCAAGUACCUGCACUGCAAGACGCCGCCCGUGCUGCACCGCGAUAUCAAAUCCGAUACGGUUCUGCUGGACAACGACUUCAAGGUCAAGCUGGGGGGCCUGGGAGUGUUAAAGCACCUGCCAGGGGAGGCGAUGCGGCUGCGCAUGCAGCGCAAGCGAGGGUACCUGGACCCCGAAUACUUCCAGAGCUUCCGCAUCACCAGCAAAUGCGAUGUGUACAGUUUCGGAGUGGUGCUGCUGGAGCUGAUCACAGCGAAGCCGCCUAUAGUGGAUGAGAAGGACGUUGUCAUGGGGUCACGCACCGGCAAGCGAUUUGUCACCCUCGUGCAGUGGGCCCUUCCAAAGAUCAAGGACGGCCAGUUCACCGACAUUGUGGACGAGCGGCUGGAGCCGUACCCUGCGAGCCUGAUGGAGAUUUUCUGCGGCAUCGCUGCAGAGUGCGUGACCCCGCAGCGCCGGCACCGCCCCGACAUCGACGUGGUCGCCUUCUGGAUGGACGAGCUCGUCAAGAAGGACGCCGCAUCGCGCGAGUCGCUCUCCCGCUUCGUGCGAGCAGUGUCCGUGGAAGAGGAGGCGGAGGUGGAGAAGGUCGAGGGGGAGGAGGGGGUGGGUAAGGAGGAGAGGGAGGGGGAGGAGAGGAAAGAGGUGGUGGUCGUGGUGUCCGACGAGGCUGAUAAUGGCGAGAAAAGUGGCGAUGGGAGUGAAGAGGGGCAGAAGGAUGGUGCUGCUCCUAGAGAUGGAGCUCCACUUGCUGCUGUUUCUGUUGGUCCUGGUGGUGCUGUUGGUGGUGCUGUUGAUGUACGUGCUGCUGAGCCAGAUAUUGGCACUAGUGGGGGUGCUACUGCUGACACCUCUGCCACUGCUGCCGCUGCUGGUGUUGGUGCUUAGGCUUGCAUUGUGGUUGAUGGUAUGAUAGCAGUGGGUUUUGGGGCCAGUUGGGAAAGAGAUUGUCUGGUUAUGCGUAGAGGACUGCUGGAGUUGUGCUGUAUAUGAUAAUCAAAACAAGGUUUCUUGUGGUAGAGAAAGUGGA